UUAUUUAUCUUCCACAAAGGAAAAGAAAUGCUUAAGAUCAUGUUUACCUCUGCAACUUCUCUCUGGUCUGACUUGAGAGGUUUCAUCUGCUCACUGGUCUGUUCUUAUUCUCUAGAGCUAACUUGAAGAGUACUGUGAAGUGGGCAGAAAAUGGUUCAGAAGGUUUCUUCCCCUUCCUCUCCUGUGACCAUUACAGUUUCUUCUUCAGGAGGUAAGGGAGGAGGGUUUAGAGGUGUGGGCUUGACGAGCCCAGUCCGACGUUUUUCACUUUCAAACAAUCAAAAUUCCCCUCUCAGUAGCAAAGGAAACAGAGCUUCAAGUGGUGGAAAUGGAAAAAAUUGCUCCAUCUCUAAAGAUGAUGCUGAAGAAGUGAGCCAAGAGUUUGUGAACUACACUGUUCACAUCCCACCAACCCCAGAACACCAGCCCAUGAGCUCAUCUCAAAGUAGCCUCCCUGAUGAAGAUGCCAAAGACCCGGGAAAAUCCAACAGGAGUUACAUCUCAGGUACCAUCUUCACUGGCGGUUUCAACUCGAUGACUCGUGGGCACGUUAUUGAGAGCUCAACUGACGUUCCUGAAAUGGUGAAAUCCAUGGCAAUGAUGUGCCGCACGAAGGGUUGUGAUGGUAAAGCGUUGCUAGGUGAUGGAAAAGUUCCAUGCGAUUGUGGUUUCAAAAUUUGCAGGGACUGUUACCUGGAUUGUCUUGGAAAUGGAGGAAAUUGCCCUGGGUGUAAGGAGCCGUACAUGGAUGUGAUUGAGGACGACGAAGCCGGGUCUGAAGCAUACGACCAGGCUUGUCCACUACCCUCAAUGGUGGAUGGGAGACUUUCGCUUGUGAAAUCAUUCAAAGCCCACAAUCAGCCUUCGGAAUUUGAUCAUAACCGAUGGCUUUAUGAAACAAAGGGGACAUAUGGAUAUGAAGUCUGGCCUAAAGAUGGAUAUGGUGGAGGAUCUGGGGUUAAUGGGUCUGAACAUCCACCUGAUUUUGGAGAAAGAAACAGGAGGCCCUUGACCCGGAAGGUGUCGGUUUCUACUGCCAUUCUCAGUCCAUACAGGUUGCUUAUGGCGAUUCGUCUUCUUGCGCUUGGUUUCUUUCUUACUUGGAGAAUUAGACAUCCCAACCAUGAGGCAAUUUGGUUAUGGGGGACGUCAGUUACUUGCGAACUCUGGUUUGCCUUGUCAUGGCUUCUAGACCAGCUCCCCAAGAUCUGUCCUGUGAACAGAGUUACCGAUCUCUCUGUUUUGAAAGACCGUUUUGAAUCCCCUAGUCUUCGCAAUCCUAAAGGAAGAUCUGAUCUUCCAGGGAUUGAUGUUUUUGUAUCCACAGCAGAUCCAGAAAAAGAACCUCCUCUUGUAACUGCAAACACUAUUCUCUCAAUCCUUGCUGUUGAUUACCCUGUGGAAAAGCUUGCUUGUUAUCUUUCAGAUGAUGGAGGAUCACUCCUGACAUUCGAAGCUCUUGCUGAGACUGCGAGCUUUGCAAGGAUAUGGGUUCCAUUCUGCAGGAAACAUCGAAUAGAACCGAGAAAUCCGGAGGCAUACUUUGGGCAGAAACGCGACAAACUCAAGAACAAAGUCCGACUAGACUUUGUGAGGGAAAGAAGAUGGAUGAAGAGAGAAUAUGAUGAGUUCAAGGUGAGGAUAAACUCCCUACCUGACUCAAUAAGGAGGCGGUCCGAAGCAUAUAAUUCCCAUGAAGAGCUAAAUGCAAAGAGAAAACAGAUGGAAAUGGGGGGCAAUCCCUCUGAACCACUAAAGGUCCCAAAGGCUACAUGGAUGUCUGAUGGGGUUCAUUGGCCUGGAACAUGGUCAUCUCCAGGGAAUGACCAUUCAAGAGGGGAUCAUGCGGGUAUAAUACAGGCGAUGCUAGCUCCUCCAAAUUCAGAACCAGUAAUGGGCACUGAAGCAAAUGAGGAAAACCCACUUGAUACCAGAGAAGUUGAUACUAGAUUGCCAAUGCUGGUGUAUGUAUCUCGAGAGAAAAGACCAGGCUAUGAUCACAACAAGAAAGCAGGGGCCAUGAAUGCUCUGGUUCGAACUAGUGCAAUCAUGUCCAAUGGCCCUUUUAUACUCAACCUUGAUUGUGAUCACUAUAUAUACAAUUCCUUAGCCCUCAGGGAAGGGAUGUGCUUCAUGCUUGACAGGGGUGGUGAUAGAAUUUGCUAUGUCCAAUUCCCGCAGAGGUUUGAAGGUAUUGAUCCAAAUGACCGUUAUGCAAACCACAACACUGUGUUCUUCCACGUGAACAUGCGGGCACUGGAUGGGUUGCAGGGUCCAAUGUAUGUGGGGACAGGUUGCAUUUUCCGUAGAAUUGCUCUUUAUGGUGUUAGUCCCCCAAGGGCAACAGAACAUCUUGGGUGGUUUGGAAGAAGGAAAAUAAAGCUAAGACUGAGACCACGCAAAGUGGCAAAGAAGAAAACGGAUGAGGUGGUUUUGCCAAUCAAUGGUGAACACAAUGACGAGGAUGAUGAUGGAGAUAUUGAAUCUCUGCUUCUUCCAAAGAGGUUUGGAAACUCUACAUCCCUUGUAGCUUCAAUCCCUGUAGCAGAGUAUCAAGGAAGGUUGCUUCAAGAUUUGCAAGGAAAAGGUAGUCAAGGCCGGCCAGCUGGUUCUCUUGCUGUGCCUCGAGAGCCCUUGGAUGCUGCAUCAGUGGCAGAGGCAAUUAGUGUGAUAUCCUGCUUCUAUGAGGACAAUACAGAGUGGGGCAGAAGGGUGGGUUGGAUCUAUGGUUCUGUAACAGAAGAUGUUGUUACAGGUUACCGUAUGCACAACAGGGGAUGGAGAUCAGUGUACUGUGUCACCAAGCGUGAUGCAUUCAGAGGGACGGCACCGAUCAAUCUGACUGACCGGCUCCACCAAGUCCUCCGAUGGGCAACUGGAUCUGUUGAGAUCUUCUUCUCCCGAAACAAUGCACUCUUUGCUUCCCGACGGAUGAAAUUCUUGCAGAAGGUGGCCUACUUCAAUGUUGGGAUGUACCCCUUCACAUCAUUCUUCCUUCUUGUAUACUGCUUUCUGCCAGCAAUGUCCCUCUUCACAGGGCAGUUCAUAGUAGAGUCCCUCAGUGUGACCUUUCUAACAUAUUUGUUGGUGAUCACAGUCACCUUAUGCUUGCUUGCCAUCCUUGAGAUAAGGUGGUCCGGAAUCACUCUUCAUGAAUGGUGGAGGAACGAACAAUUUUGGUUGAUUGGUGGAACCAGCGCUCACCCAGCUGCAGUGUUACAGGGCCUACUAAAGUUAAUUGCAGGAGUUGAUAUCUCAUUCACAUUGACAUCCAAAUCUUCAACACCUGAUGAUGGAGAUGAUGAGUUUGCAGAGCUAUAUGUAGUGAAGUGGAGCUUCCUGAUGGUCCUACCAAUCACAAUUAUGAUGGUGAACAUAAUAGCAAUUGCAGUUGGGGUGGCAAGGACCAUGUACAGCACAUUCCCACAGUGGAGCAAGCUCCUAGGUGGGGUAUUCUUCAGCUUUUGGGUCUUGUGCCAUCUCUAUCCAUUUGCUAAGGGCUUGAUGGGGAGAAGAGGGAAAGUACCCACAAUAGUAUAUGUAUGGUCUGGAUUGCUAUCACUCACUAUUUCUUUGCUUUGGGUGUACAUAAGCCCUCCUUCUGGGAGGCAGGAUGAAUACACGAAAUUCCAGUUCCGUUGAUGUCAUCCUCACUUAUCUUUUGCCAACUGAAAAGUGGUUUUAUAGAGUUUUGCAUCUGAUUGUCUCACAAUUCUUGUACCCCGCAGCCACCAAGAGAAGCGGAAAAUUCUGAUGUUGCAUUGAGCAGUUGAAGCCCAAAUCCGAGAUAUCUGCCACGACAUGGUGUUCCAAUGCAAGAAGUUUUCCACUGAUGUUCUUAGAUUAGAUACUAUUGAGGAAGAAACCAUUGCAAUUAUUUCUUGUUGCUUUUUCUUAGUUGGAUACUAUGUUGUAGAGUGAGGAAGAAACCAUUGCAAUUAUUCUUGUUGCUUUUUCUUAGAAUGGAUAAUAUGUUGUAGAGUGAGAAGAGAAACCAUUACAAUCA